CUCUCACUCUCUCCAACUCUCACUCAUUCGCCCUGAACUCUUUUCUCCAGCAGCAACAGCGGCAACAUCCACAGCAAGCCAUCCGUCGUUCGCCCAUGUCGCGCGAGAGACAAGGAGGGCAUGCCGGAGUGGCACGCCGCUGCGAGUUACGAGAGACAAGAAGGGCAUGUCGGAGUGGCACGCCGCUGCGAGUUACGAGAGACAAGAAGGGCAUGUCUGAGUGGCACGCCGCUGCGAGUUACGAGAGACAAGAGGGGCAUGUCGGAGUGGCACGCCGCUGCGAGUUACGAGAGACAAGAGGGGCAUGUCGGAGUGGCACGCCGCUGCGAGUUACGAGAGACAAGAAGGACAUGUCGGAGUGGCACGCCGCUGCGAGUUACGAGAGACAAGAAGGACAUGUCGGAGUGGCACGCCGCUGCGAGUUACGAGAGACAAGAAGGGACAUGUCGGAGUGGCACGCCGCUGCGAGUUACGAGAGACAAGAGGGGCAUGUCGGAGUGGCACGCCGCUGCGAGUUACGAGAGACAAGAGGGGCAUGUCGGAGUGGCACGCCGCUGCGAGUUACGAGAGACAAGAGGGGCAUGUCGGAGUGGCAUGUCUGAGUGGCACGCCGCUGCGAGUUACGAGAGACAAGAAGGGACAUGUCGGAGGGGCAUGUCGGAGUGGCACGCCGCGACGAGUUACGCACGGCGCGAUGGGGGAUGGAGCGACCUCCGCUGGACCGUGCCCUUUCACCCUGCUGAGCGGACGCGCGUUCGCCUGUCCCGGCCCCAUCAUCCACCACCCCACCCCUAAAUCGCACUCCUUGCAGCGCUUCGCAUCGGUAUAAGAAGUUAAAAUAGCCUCGGGUCGUCGUCGUCGUCCCCCCCCCGUUCUCAGUCGUUACGAGUGUCAGCAGCGAGGCCCCCCACGGUGUCAAGGCGAGUAGUUGGCGGCACCCCCCUUUCGAGGGCGCUGCGUUUUGCGCUUUCAAGAUGAUCGAGGCGCUGGCACGCGCCGCUGUGCUAGCAGCGAGAGUGCUCAGGCCGGGGCGAACUCAUCGUCACAUCAGGUGUGGGAAUGUAAGGAGCCUGCACAUUUCAAGAACUUGCUCAAGAAGCUGUCGGGAUAAUUUUUCCGACAAGGGAAAAGUGACCAGCGAUGGAAUAUGUAUGAAGGCGGUCGCUGUGCAGAAAGCGCAGCAGCUCAACCUCCGAUCGGAGGUACCGCCCGAGAUGCGACGCUGGGCGUACGAGUGCUGCCGGGAAUAUCUCGCUGGGACGUGGAAACACAUCAGCGAGGAGGACUUCAUCAUCAGCGUUGUCACUGGUGGACUGAGUAACCUGCUGUACACGUGCAUGCUGCGUUCUGAUGUGCCAAGCAUGGGAGGGGAACCACGGCAAGUCCUCCUGCGCAUGUACGGAGCCAUUCUGCAGGUGCAGGAUCCUCGCUCGCUUGUGUUGGAGAGUGUAAUGUUUGCCACGUUGGCCGAAAGGAAGCUGGGACCUGCACUGUACGGGGUCUUUCCAGAGGGCCGGUUGGAAGAGUUCAUACCGAGUAAGCGACUCAGCUGCAUGGACCUGAAGGACCCAGAAUUAUCAGCACUGAUUGCGUGCAAGAUGGCACAGUUCCAUUCUAUGAAAGUGCCCCUCAACAAGGAGCCCAAGUGGCUUUAUGACAGCAUAGAAAGGUACCUCAAUCAGGUUAUGAAAUUGGAUUUCUCGGAGAGCUCCAAAAAGAUUAAAUAUGACGACCUACUUGCCUGUGACUUGCCAAAUGAGCUACAAAGAUUAAGAGAUAUUCUCAACGCGACACCAUCCCCAGUUGUGUUUUGCCACAAUGACUGUCAGGAAGGAAAUAUUCUGCUCCUGGAUGAAAGCUCUGAGAAAAGCAAGAAGCUUAUGCUCAUCGACUUUGAAUACUGCAGCUAUAACUACAGGGGAUUCGACAUUGGGAACCACUUCUGUGAGUGGAUAUAUGAUUACGCCUGUGACACUUGGCCCUAUUUCCAUUCAGAUGCGAAGCGAUACCCAACUCUUGAUCAGCAGACUAAUUUCCUAAGGAACUACAUCAUGGAGUACCAGGGGAGAGAACACAACAUUUCUGCAGCGCAAUCUGACAAGCAUGUAGCACAGAUGCUGUUUGAAGUGAAUCGGUUCGCUCUGGCAUCACAUUUCUACUGGGGCCUCUGGGCAAUCCUUCAGGCCAAGAUGUCGUCCAUCUCCUUUGGUUACUUGGAGUAUGCCCAAGAUCGAUUCAAGAUGUACUUCACACAGAAGCGGGACAUGGAAGGCUAGUGUGUAUUAUGAAAAAAACAACACUGUGUGUUAUAAAUGUAUACCUAGAAUUGGAAUUAUUUCAGUGUAAAUAAAUGUUAAAUGGACAUGUCAUUUUUUUCGUUUUCCCUUAUCGCAAUCAUAGCCCGAAUCAAAAAUUGUACUUGCCUUAGAAAAAUGUUUUCCAGUUCACUGCUCUCCAAGCUGUGUAGAUGGGGGGGGGGGGAGGGAGGGGAGGGGGUGGUGCAGUAGUUCAUGCACUGCACUAUGAACCUCACCACCUGAGUUACAUUUCUGGAAAUGGUUAAAGGCUAAUAUCAGUGUUGAGCAAUAUCUGAACAAACCUGCAACCUGCAAUGACCAGCAUGGUGCAGUAUGGUCAACCUGCAUGAUUGACAUGGUGUGGGGAGGCUUGCAUCCAGGAGUGGGGGAGGCUUUGCAUCCAGGAGUGGGGGAGGCUUUGCAUCCAGGAGUGGAUUGACAAGAGAUAGUGCAUUAUAAAUGAAAGACGAAUAGUCAUUUUAAUUUCGGUCUAUCUUACAAUAUUGUAUACCAAUGAUUAAGCUGCAAUUACAUUUUUUUAAAAUAUAUACAGUAAUGUAUUCCUAUUAAUAGCUUUUAUAGAAAGGUUAAACAUGUUUUUCUAUGUUUGGUAUGUCCAAAAUGCUACUAAUUACAGUUCAAAGAUAAGGCCAGUCCUUUGGAAUCUGUAUUAUUUGGAUUUUGGGAAGCUGUACAAUUCUUUGCACACUAAAUGUGUUGGUGAGUUACACCAUUCUUGCACGUGUUGUUUAAGAAUGGCUGACAUACUCAACCAUACUUGUUGCUUGAACGCAAUGAAAGAGCAUUUACAGCUCUAGUUCUCUGAUGUGUUCUCGGCUAGUACCGCGAGUUGUUCGGCAAGAUGUACGACGUUCCACUCUUUGUGCUGACAACAUCUUCGGGAAGUGAAAUGGAGGGCAUCGUGCCGAACAAACACACAGUACAAACCCUCAAGCACAUCAGAGAGCUAUGCAGCACAACCACGGACACAAACAGUCUCAUUUAAAUUUGUUUCAACUGACUAUUAACAGUGGAGAGGCUUUAUCCAGUAGUGCAUUAACAAAAGCAUCUAUUUUAUAAAUAAAUUACGUAGAAUGAUCAUAAUCCUUAUAUAACCUAAAUUUAUCUUUUAAAGGUUGUAUAUACUGUAAAUGAUAAAGGUGCUCUUACAUGUAAAAAUAUAUUUUCCAAAGAGUAUUUUUUAUAUAUCUAAAAACGUUAAAAACAUCCUUUAUGGGUGUCAUGGCCAAAAUGUCUAUUAUUGCUCAUAGGUAAGAGAGAACAGCCCUAUGGGAUCUGUUAUUUACAAUCUGAAAACUGUACAGCCAAUUUUGUUGGUUAUGCUCAAUUUUUGCACGUCUUAUUUAAAAAUAGAUACCAUCUGCUCAAUGAUAGUUGCUGCUUCGACCACGAAUAAUCAAAAUUAUUUUACAUUUGCUUAACAAACUGACUUAAAAUAACCAUCAACAUUUACCCUACAAUACAAUGUCGUAUAUCUGCCUAGCUGAAGACUGUGAAAAGGUGAAAUACUAAAAUGCGAACAUCAAAACAAAUCUAAUUUGCACGUUGCACAAAUGAACGUGUUGACGGUACACCAGUGAGCGGUAUAUAAAAAGCUAUUUUUUUUGCAAUUUUUAUCGGCGAUUUUAAACCCCCGGUCAAAAAAUAUUGCGUAGUGGUGCGUCGAAAUCAGUUAUCGCGAUGUCGAAGCAGUCGGAAGACGAAUGUCGGUUCAGAUUUAGAUUUUAGACUGUUUUAUGAUGACCGGUGUGUUAUGCUGCAUUGGUGUACCGCCAAUACGUCCACAUACUGCCCUGGCAAUUAAUUGGUCAUAAGGUGGAUAUGCGACAUGCCGUCACAUUACUUUCAGUGCAUUCUCACAUUUUUGUUUUAUAAUUCAUAAAAUACAUGAGUAUUAUUGUGUCCGAUUUACAUGUACUGUACAUAGAUUCUCUAAUUAUGUUCAGUAGUCUUAUUAAAUUGUGAUACGUUCCACAUUAGUUUAACGAUAGAAAUUAAGCCCUGUCCACACAAACCUUUAACCGUUCAUUAAAAUCUGGGCAAGUCAAAAUGUUUGCUUCAA